UUUGUUUUAAUAGGAGCAACCUGUGUUUGUGAUCGCACAGAUAGCUACUGCCAGCUAAUACGUGAAUUCAUUGCAAAACUGCCAGCGUGAUCGUGACGCAUAACCAAAUCAGCUACGAUGUCGCUGAAGAUCCUGCACCCUGGCUCCAAGAUCCCGCGUAAUCACAGCGUGAGGUUCACCAGUGACGACCUGCCCAAAUACAAGGCUGGCGAAUCACCUGAGACGAGUUUACCAAACUACGUAAGCUCUCAGUAUGACGACUCAGGCGCACCGAGUCCCGACGGCUUGCACUUCCAGCCGGCUGUGCAUCGGUUCAGGAUCAAUGAGCAGAGGAUAAAGCUGCUGACUGCGAUCAACCAGAUUGUUCAGCAGCGGGCUGACCUGGAGUCCAAUCGUGCGACACUCUCGAAUCUCUUGGAGGACCUGAAGAGGAAGCUCAAGAGGCGCGUAGAGGAAUGCCACUUCGAGAAGAAAGAAAGGAUGAAGGCGCUAAAGCAGGCUAACCAGAGACUUGAGAGGGAGAAGUUCGGCAUUGUGACAGAGAUAGAACACCUGAAGCGACAUCUGGAGAGAGAAGAGGCGCAUCACACGCAACACGCGCGGACUGCGGUUGCACAGGCGAUCCAAGGUGUGACGAAACUGAACUCCGACCACAUCUUCACGCCGUGUUCCGUGGCAGACCUUCCGAAUGUGGUCAGCAGGAGUGUCGCCAAGAAUGCUCCCUCCAGGAUUGCCGAUAACAAGCUGGCGGCAGCGCGUUUGAUGCGUGACAUCGCUGAGCUGAGACAGCGCGUCGCGCAGGUCGAGGCUCGGCUGGCUAAUGAAAUGAAGCGUAAGAGGCAAGCUGAGCUCGACAUUAUUCGUCUGAGGAAGGAGCUGUCCACGACAAAGAGCUGCGUCGCCUCGCUGCGUAUGCCGCUGCAGCCGCUGAGGAAGCCGUGCGCUAAGUUUGCUUAGAAGAAACGGACGGACUAAACAUUUUUUUUUUCUUGUGUUAUCGUUCCAUCGGCUCAAUCGUUUGCCAAAAUGAUGAUUGUGCCAAUCUUCAAGAGUCAGCGAUCCGUUAAAUUGUAUGUAGUUUGACAUACGUCAAUGUCAAAAUGAGACGAGCAUGACUCUAAAGAUGUACCUACUUUUACGAUAUUGUUGUGUAAUCCUACCUAAUCCAAACUAAUUAUAUUAUACAUAUAUUACAAAUAUAAUAAAUGCGAGAGUAAGUUUGUUUGUUCUUACGCUCUAUCUACUCAACCAGUCUUCUUGAAAUUUUGCAUAUAUGUAGUUUGAAGUACGGAGAAGGACAUAUGGUACACUUCAUCACGAAAAAAUGAAUGUUCCCGUGGGAAAUUAUGCGGGCGAAGCCGCGGGCAAAAGCUAGUUAAUAUACAUAUAGAGAGAAGAUUUAUUGUAAAAAAUGAAACUAGAUAUUUUGAGAUAGGAAUAAAAUUAACAUAGGUUAAUAAAGAGACCCGCAAUUUAAACAAAGCGCAUACAAUUUCCAUGAUAUUCAUAAAAAAGUUAAAAGUACAUCGCUCCGCUAUAGUAUGUUUUUUCUCAUUCUGUCAAUGUUAAAUAUUGUAAGGUCCGAUAAUGACAUACUUUAGCGUAAGUACCUACCUUUGCGUUAACUUUUUUAUUCAUUGGCCGACCAUUCGAGUCUCUUACCGUCACUAUUAUUACAGGCCGAGCGCGCUUACCACUGCGGGGUGAAUUUCACGAUUGUUUGAACGCGGCGUGUAACGUUUCAUUAGUGUCGCUCAUUUUUUAAAAAUUAAGCAUUUAAAAAAUUAACAUUGUACUAGCACUUUACUUAUUUAUAAAAUAGUAUAAUUAAAUUAAUUACUGUGUAUGAUACAAUUUAAUAUACACUAUAAUGAUAGCCCGCGGCGAGUUCAAAAAGCUCGUAAAACUCACUCGCCUUGAGCUCCUCCGAUGGGUACAUAUCAAAAUGUAAUUAAAAUACCAGAAUAUAUAAUAGUGUCAUUAUAUUAAUAUAUUUUCAAUAAAAUACAAUUAUAU